AUGACGGCCUCGCGUGAGGCCGGGAGCUCAACAGCAAAAGUUCGGUCUGCGCAGGCCGGUGUAUCUUUCUGUUCCGCAGCUGUCUUGUUCGAUUUGAUCCUACAUCUCAAUGCCAUGGAGCCGUUCGACAACGAAACGCGACGGUGGUGUGUCCAGAUGCAGGCCCGCAUCGGUCGCGGCUGGACACAAGAUGAGACAUCGGAAAGGAAUGCGAUGGGCAUUGGCGACAAUGGUGAAAACAUUGCCUGUGUGUACGGCACCGGUGAAGGCUCCACAGAAGUAGUCUACGUCGGCAGCUCGGCAGCUUUGCGCUGCCCUACACUAGAAGAUCACAUUCACAUAAUGGUAAGCUUUGGCCCACCUCACCUCCGUAACCUUGUUGACCGUCCUCAGGAAGGCUGGGACCAAUUUCUGCGUGGUUUGUGCAUCGACCACUUUGCAAUUCAACUCGCUGAUCCGAAAACAACAGCACCAGGAGAAGGUCCCUUGUGCCAAAAGAUGGCGAAUGCAUAUUUCUUUGCAUGGCGGAGCAUGUGCGUCCUUAUCUGCUGGUCUCGGAGAAAUCACAAAGAACACAUUCCUGCUGGACUGCUUUUCCAUUGCUUGUCCGGAAACAAUCGCAGCAGCGCUGCUUUGGUGGCCUGGCUAAUAUUUCGGCAUCAUAUGACUGCCUCUGAAGGAAUUCGAUUGUUAUUGCAAGCGCGACCUACGUUGAAUCCUUGGCAGGAACGACCUCACAUCUUAUGGGCUUUGAAAACUUGGGAAAUGAAAAUGGAGGAAACAUAUCAAUUCGUUCACUCCGUGGUUGCAGAAGAAAUCCCACGAUUGACUCCAGAGCUGAUUCGGUCUGCUCUUGGUGGUGGCUUGAAAGUGCCUCUACCCAUCCAAGUGUCAACGCGGGUGAAUUAUCUGGAGCGAUUCACAUAUUCGGAUGGCACCCCGGCUCCGGCUGAACCACGCGCCAAGACAGUGCCGCGGCAAGCUUGGGAAAUGGCUGGUCAGGGUUAUCGGCAGAAGAGAACGAAAAAUACCUUUGUGGAACCAGUGCAGUUUCAAGCUUGUUGGUGGAUUAUGGCCUGGUCUUGGGAAGCCUUUCAAAGCUUUUACAUGGAUGACGCGCAAGUUCCACCGUCGACGAAUCAUGAGUCCAAACAUGGACCUACCUAUGCAAAUUUCUGCAAAACCCAUGCUGUUCGAUUUGCCAAUUGGGAUCAUCGAUGGUUGGCGACUCUUACAGGUGAUUGCAGUGCAGUAAUGGACGUGGUCGCGUUAAAUUGCAUUUUAGCGGCGUACUUUCAGAAAUGCAUUCCUGGUCCUGGAGAAAAAAGUUUUCUGGGCUUUAAAGGUUUGCACGCUUUGGUGCAACGUGCGAAGAAGCUAUUGGAUCGAUCAAUUGUAGACAUGGAUCCGUAUGAUACGGAAAUGCAGCAAUGGUGCACCGAUGCAGCCGCCAAGCUUCGUCGCAGUGCCGCAAUGCCGGAAAGUGAGUGGCCAGAAGUUGAUCGACUGGUGAAUGGUUUCGAGUAUCAUUUUGGUGACAUUUCAGAAUGGCCCAACGACAUGGUUCGUGUGCACCCGGUCGACCGCACGGAGACUGCAACUUGUUUUCUCGGCAGCCUGGCAGCUCUGCGAUGUCUGAGGGACACGAAAGAAGUGCAUGUUGUCAUCAGUUUGUGCACAUCUGAGAUGCAAAGAAUUCGUGGACAACCCGAAGAAGGCUGGGCUGCAUUCUUGCUUGGAAUGUCUGUGGAACACGUCACGAUAGAUUUGGACGAUCCCAGAACAAAGUGGCCCGGACUCUCGACUGGCUUGCUGUUUCAUUGUUUUGGUGGCAUCAAUCGGAGCAGCGCUGCUUUGGCUGCGUGGCUGAUUUUCAAGCACGCAAUGAACGCAGACGACGCCAUUGAUGUGCUCUUGAAGGCACGUUGUGGAGCGAGCUCUGUCAGAAAUGACGCCAACGCCGAAGAGAUCAAAAUGUUCAAUGUCCAUGUGACCAAGGUGGAUGACCGCUAUCCAACAGUAUCCGCAGUGAUCCGGAAACAAGUUGGUUUGGCGCAACGUGCAAGGAACCACUGCUGGCCCAUUGUCCCGAUGAGCUUCGAAUUUGACCCACUGUGGGAAGAAUUCACAUGA